AUGGCUGCCGCUUUCGCAGGCACCAUUCCGGAACUUUCUCCUCCGCCAUCUCCCGAUACCACGGUGACGGCAGCAGAAGCGGCGAAGGCGGCGGCGGCGGCGGGGGCAACAACAGUCGAAUCAGCGGUAGCAACAAUAACCUCACCUUCUACGUCCAAGUCGCCACUUCAUUCGGCGCUGGUCCUGCUACAACCCUCUCCUCCCCUCUCGCCUCCUCGUACUCCUCCUUCUUCUUCUCCCCCCUCCUCCACCUCCGCCACCUCCGCCACCGGCCUUUCCGGAAAGACAGCCGGAAGAGGCGGAACGACGGGGGGGCUGGGUGACGGGGGGCGGGGUGACCGACACUUCGACCACCACUCACCGCCAGCGUCACCGCCGCGGCCGGAUGGAAUAUACCACCGCGACCGCGCGUCGUCGGUGUCGUCGUCGUCUCCGCCGUCGGAGUCGGGGUCGGAGUCGGAGUUUAGCGAUGGCAGCACCAGCACCGUCAGGACGCUAAGAGGACAGCAGCAGCAGCAGCAGCUGUCAUCAUCAGAAUCAUCCAACUGGGGGUUAUUGGACUUCCUGGAUGAGCCGAGGGCGGGCACCGCGGCUCCUCCUCCUACUCCGGUGACGAUGACGACGUUGGCGAGGACGAUGGCUACUGCUGCUGCUUCCGCUCCUACUACUCCCACCUCUCAUCCUGCUGCGGGCGAAAGGCGGGAAUAUAUGGGGGAUAGUAGUCGCGGUGGUGGUGAAGGGGGCGGCGGCGGCGCGGCGCUGGUGCGGAGGAACGCGUCGCUGGCCGUGGCCAGACAGCAACAAAUGCCACCAGGAGCGGCGGCCAUGGUGAUGGCGGCGCUGCAGAGGCGGCGGAGCAACAACGCGACAUACAAGGUGCAGUGCGCGGCGUGUGGCAGGUGCAAGCCCGAGAGGAGCCGGUACUGCUGCAGCUGGCCGCCGGUGCAUCUGGUCUUGUUUGGGGCGACGGGCGGUGGUGGGUGGAGGGAGAGGAGGAGGUUGAGGGAGGACUAG